ACAUCAGAUUCCAUUGUAUUCUUGGGAUUCUUGACUGGGGUGGGUACUCUGUUUCAUGGGAGGCUCUGUUUGGAAAGAUCGAUAACCUUGACAUUUACGAUAUGGACCAGUAACUUUAGCUUGUUGAAUCUGAAUAUUAUUCUAAUAACAAAAUUCGGAGAUAAAGGAAACCUAUACAAAUUUUUCACAAUAUCGUUGCAAAUAAAGCUGAAAGAGAUCUUAGUUCUAUCUCUGUAGAGAUACGACGAUUUGGGAAUUAUAUAGACCAACAGGCCUGCGUCCUGAAAAUCAAGCUUAUCUUUGAGAGAUUUCUUUCAGAUCCUGAUCGAUCAUGGUUCACGUUUCUCUUUUACUGCUGGUGACAGUCAUCUUUGGUAGCUGUUUUAUAUCAAUCUCAGGACAACAUGUUCAGUUGAGUCUUGGUGUAGAGACAGAGCAAUAUACUGUACCAUGCAAUGAAUAUCAAUAUUUCCGUGUUGAUGCUACUGAACCAUGCAAAGACUUAAAAAUACAGGUGAACCACGCUGAAGGGGAACCUGACCUAUACGUAUCUCGAGGACCAGAUAGAUUCCCAACAUUUAAAAGUUUAGCUUGGUCUUCUUAUGAAUGGGGUUCUGAGAGUCUAAUCAUCUCUAGUUGGGAUCCAGAGUAUGUGAUAGGGACAUAUUACAUCGGGGUUCUUGCAUAUUGUGGUUCAGAUGUCGAUACAGGCAAUAUCCCUGCCAAGUUUACCCUGCUAGCAGAGCAUGUAACAUCGAGCCAUCCUCAUGAUGAAGUAUCAUAUAAUGGUCAAAUCACAGACAACAUAGAUGCUCAAAACUACAAGUACUAUCGCUUCUGUGUACCAUCAACCUGCUCCAAUAUCGUUGUGGGAUUGGAAAACUGCAUUAAUCCUUCGACAUGUCCAACAACCUAUUCCUAUCCUGAGCUCAUUGUUUCUCGCUCAAUUCAAAGACCAACCAUCAACAGUCAUGCUUGGAAAUUAGCCUCCAUUGACGUCCGCAGUGUUACCUUGAAUCAUGAUGACCUUGACUUCUAUCCUGGUCAUUAUUUUGUGGGUGUAUAUGGAUGGUGUACUCCUGAUAAUCUUUGUGGUGAUAUGUCAACUUGUGGACCAUGUUCAUAUGCAAAUAAUACGGAAUUUCGUCUGUCAUUGAUAGUAACCAAUGUGACAGAGAAUUGCACUCCAAAGGAACCUCUAGAGCUUUGUAGUACAGGUGGAACCAAAAUCAUGAUGUCAUCUGUUAAGGUUCUCAUCCCAUCAUUGUUGCUAGUUUGGUUCAUUAAUAUGUUCUAGCUAGGUUCCCUUUGUCUCCCUUUUUUUCUUAUUCUUUCAUUAUUUGUUAUCCUCUUCAUACUUCGUACUCAUCUUUCUCUUAAGUUUCCCCAACUCCUUUCACUUUUGAUAUUUUUGUUUUUAUAAUCUUGCAUAUUUGGUGUGUUUUUAUUAAAUGGAAAUAAUGUACAGUAAUAUUCCUACUAAUAUUCACCUUCUUUUAAAUAAGCAAAUUUUACGGAUCCCUGAAACAUUUAGAAAAAAUUAAUGUUUCAUUAUACUAUUUUAUAUUUUCAAAUUGACAAUGAUGCAUUUUAAUGACAUCCUCUUUUGAAGAAGAUUGAAGAGUAUGUAUGCAUGACUGAUUCUAGACACUAAAGUAAUUGUUUGUGUAAACUUUAAACUCUAAACUACAGAAAGUAACUGUGUGAAAAAGCAGGACAUAAUCUCUUGUAUUUCUUAGCCUAUUAUAAUAAUUAUUUUCAUUUAAAGAGGGGUCAAAAGCUAAAGGAAUUAAAGGGGAAAGAAAAGUAAAAUUAAUGGGGGGGGGGGAGAGCUUUGACAUGAAGAGAUAAGAAAUUUGAUAUUAGAAGAGAAACAGGAGCUUUAGAGGUGUUAAUGCACAGCAAGUUACCAAAAGUACUAAAAUAGAAACUAAGAUCUAAAACAGGGAUACAGUAUUUAUAUGUUUCUGAUCUGUAUCUUUGAAAAAUAACACCUUAAAUUUUCAAUAACAUAUGUAAACAGAACUCACUGAAUGUAUAUUACUUCCUCUCAUAAUUUAUUUCACUUCAAAUAUAUAGUACAAUGAUUCUUUUGUUCUCUGUAUUCCUUGUAAAAAUAAAUAUAUACACUUUUCUACACACAAACAAUAUUUCUAUUUACAAAUAUUUUCAUACAACACAGCAAACAGAGGAAAUGGACUUAAGUAAAACAUUUUUAGUAAUAAUUACAUGAUUGAAAGAUUGUUCAAAACGAUAAGAAAUUAAUUGGACAAGGUAUCAAUACUAUAAAAUAUAUCAUACAUGUAAAUGUUCUGUUAAUCAUCACACACAUCUUAAGUUGGUAGACAUGGAUGCAAAAUAUAAAGAAUUAUAGAUAACAGUGUUUACACAGCUUUUAAGGUACAAUGCAACUGUUUACAAUGGUGAAUAAUCAUCACAAUGUUUGUAUUUUAUUAUUCUUGUAUCAAUGUUGGAAAACAAACAAAUGUUAUAAGUCAAGAUCAAAGGUUCAUUGUAAUGACUAACAUGAAAACAAAAUAAACUUUGCAUCUAAUGAAAAACUCUUCGCUUCUUUUCUUGCUUUAGUGUGUACUAUCAUCCUAAUUCAACACAGUAAAUACAUUUUUCUUUGUUAUAAGGAUAAAUACACAAGCUAUUCAGCUGCUGUCAUAAUGCAAUUUGUCUUUUCAAUCAUAUCAUAAAAUCAAUUGCAUAAAAUACUAAAAUGACAAAAUUAUUUAGCAUUCAGUGAGGAAUAAACAUUUUCAUACAAAAUACUUUCCACAUAUACACAUACACAUUCAUUAAACCAUUUUUUAAAUAGAUUUGUAUAAAUCAAGUAUAUAAGUAUAAACAACAACAAAAUAUUUUGUGGAAUAUUUUCUUCUUAUCUCUUGAAGAAAAUUCAAAUAGAUUUGUAAAAUCAUCCAUGAUUUAUUUAAUUUGCUAAAAUAAAAACAGGCUUUGUUCAAAACAAACCAAAGAAAAUAUAUUUAUUGUACAAAGUGUUUACUAGUUUUAACAUACAUUUUAAAAAUAUAUCUUUAUGACCAUGUUAAAUUUGCAUAAUUGUAUUCAAUUUAUAGGCUGCAAGUCAUGACAUGGAUAAAAGUGAUUAGAUGAAAGGCACAAUAAUGUCAUAUGUAUCCACAGAAAAAAAAACCUUUUUGUUUUGUUCUCUGUUUAAAUCUUGGAAGUUCGGAAUAUCUUCACUUGAUUGAAGGAUGUGUUAGUAUUUCAUUCAUGAUAUUUUACAUAAAAAUUAAUAAUAGAGAUAUACCACAUAAUAUAGUCAAAGUCUUCAUAAUGGACGGAGCUGAAAUGCAGUGUUAAUGAAGUCUAACCUUGGAAUGUCAAAUGAAUACACACCAUACAUCACAUUUAAAUGAUUAACUGAAGUUCACACAUUCAAUAAAGCUAACACACCAAUACCCAUUUAAAUUUCUAAACAGCAAUUGCAUUACAUAAUGUUCAUUAUAGCAAAUGCUUUUAAAAUACAAUAAAUAUAAUACAAGGUGAUGCCAACAACAAGUCUUGAGUUUUUUUUUUUCCAUUUUUUUUUUUACAUUACUAGGGUUGUAUAUCAUGGACUCAUUUGAAGCAUUAUUUUUUUCUUCCAAAGUUGAACAUUACUCCAUUCUAAAAUCAUAAAUGAGAUGGGAAUAAUACUAGGUGAAAAAUAAGUUACCACACAAUUUUGCAUAAAUCUGCAUAAUUACUCAACAUUCUAUAAGUAUAGUAAUUAUACUAUCCAAGGCAAUUUAUCAGACUAGAAUAUGGAAAGCAUGCAUUAUUAUCUUUUUAUUAAAGUAAAACAGAUUUCUGAGGGUCUAAGAGGGUGUUGCAAGAAAAUAUUUGCGAUCAAUUGCAAAUAUUCUGUUGCAAUUUUACAACUGAUAGAUCAACGUUAAUUAGAGCAAAUCAGAUUAAACUUCUUGUUUCAAGGAGCAGAUUAGCAAUCAAUCACUAAUUCUCAAUUAACUGCAAGACAUAUGAUUGAUUUAGGGAUCAAAAAUAGACUUGCAAUUGAUCGUAAGUUUCUUGCAAUGCCCCAUUAUAGAUUUGACUUGGGUAGACUCAACUGUAUGUUCACUUAUCAACAAUCUUUUAAAACUGAUUUAAGAACUGAACCUGAAAACUGAAAUGUGAAAAAAAAAAAAAUAUUGGAUUGAAAUAAAAUAAGACCCUGCCAAACCUCCUUUGAAAGACAAAUCCUUAUAAUAUA